GUACUUUCUGACAGGAGCAGAACGUUCGACCGCAAAAGGACAGAACAACGAAGACCAUUAAAUACAUGUGGUGACGAAAUAGAAACCACAUGUCUUUAAAAUUUAUCUGCCUCGUUACCCGCGUUGCAGGUUGCACUGUAUGACGUGUUCACGGAAACUCGGUAUUUUUGCCUCAAUUGAGAGAGUUAGACGAAUUUGUCCACUUGUCGUGCCAGUUUAAGGCUGAAGUCCUUGUUACGGUAUAGUAUGAAGGUAUUUGGCUCUCAGAGUAAAAAUUGUGGCAUUUUCGAUUGUUUUAAAUCCGUGUUUCCACUGUUCAAAUGGCGGAGUUCUCUCUACAAAUUGUGCUAUAAAGAACUCAUUCUCCUACUCAUUCCAUACCUGACCUUGACUGUCGUAUACCGAUGUGCCCUCAACGAAGAUGAAAAGAGACUGUUUGAAGAGCUGGUCCGUUAUUUCGAGCGAUAUUUGGAAAUGAUAUCUCUUCCAUUCAUCUUGGGAUUUUAUGUUGCAACUGUCGCAGCCAGAUGGUGGCAGCAAUAUAUGGCCUUGCCUUGGCCUGAUCGAUUGAUUUUGACCGUUGCUGCCUAUAUUGGGGGUACGGAUUCGGAAUCCCGAAAGUUGAAGAAAACUUUAGUUCGUCAUUGUAAUCUAAUGGCUGUUUUGCUGAUACGUUCUCUGUCGACUAGUGCCAGUAACCGUAAGAAAACCUUGGAGGACGCCGUCAAAUCAGGCUUUAUGACGAAGACGGAAAUGAGAUGUUACGAAUCAAUUGAAUCGGAUGUGAGUUUGUAUUGGUUACCCGGCCUGUGGUUCGCUCAGAAUUUGCAAGAAGCGUUUAUGAAAGGCCAUAUCAAGGAUACGUACGCCGUUAACCUUAUUAUGGAGGAAUUGUUAGAUUUUCGUGGGAAAUGUGGUACUUUAUGGACUUAUUCUUGGAUCAGUAUUCCACUUAUUUACACGCAGGUUGUGACUUUGGCUGUGUAUUCUUUUUUCUUUGCCUGCAUCAUGGGUCAUCAGCGUAUUGUCGAGCAUACGUCUCCCGAGGAUGGUCUCACGGCAGACCUCUACUAUGGGUUUUCUCUAGUACUAAAGUUUUUUUUCUAUAUGGGAUUACUUAAGCUGGCUGAACAAAUGAUAUGUCCCUAUGGUGAUGGUGACGAACAUUUCGAUGUAGACUUUCUAUUAAACCGUCAUGCUCAGGUCAUACAAUUAGGUACAGAUACGUUAUCGGAACAAUGUCCUUCAGCCUCCCACGAGCUCCUGAAUCAGGAAGAAUACAGUCUCCAGGAAGAGGAUCCAGAUGCCGAUAAGGGUCUGAAAAAUAAACGCACCGACUGUCCAUAUGGUUCAACUGCAACGAGGAAGUUCAGCGCCUUAAAAAACUUACGGCGUACUGCGAGAGUGUCACUCCUUAACGGAACCGCUGCGGUUCCGUUUUUCAUCAACAGUGACGCAACUUUACGGAGUGUUCAACAACAUGAACAUGAUAACCCACCACAUUCAUUUAGCGAAAUCUCUACAACGUUCAAGAUGCCUAUACAAAAUGGUGCGGAACAAGGAUUUGCAAGAUACUGGAAAAACCCAACCGGUAUGUGUAAAAUAUCUCCGAAACGUACACAUGCAGAAACCAGUGACAUUACGCAGUCAUCCGUACAUUUAUAGCGUCUAUCUUGCAUCGUCGAUGCUUAAAUCUUAAAGUUUCUUGGGUUUUUCUUUCUCUGCUCCCUUUUCAAAUAGCGUUUAUAAAAACCUAUAGAUUGUCUGUCACUCUUUUUUGGUUUCGUAGUUUUACGAUUCAAACUUUCUUAUUGGGAAAUAU